AUGCGCAAUCCUUUCGAUCUCGACGAGAACAGCGUGGACGGGGACUCCGAACCCCCAACAGAUCUGGAGUUUGAGGUCGACGUGCGACCGCAUCAGACCGAUGAUGGCGAGCGCGCUCUAUUGCAGGACGAGGAGCAUCACCCGUCCGAUCUAAAAGAGCGUUUUAUUGGCACGAUCGAUCAGGGUACAACGAGCACCCGUUUUAUUAUCUUUGAUUGCACAGGCGUUCCCAUCGCCAAGUACCAAACGGAAUUCCGUCAGAUUCACGAGCAUCCUGGAUGGCACGAACAAGACCCCUAUGAAUUGGUAGAGUCGGUCUACAUCUGCAUUGAGGAGGCGAUGAAAUCAUUCCUGGCUCUGGGCCACUCCCGAUCCGAUAUUGAAGCCGUCGGAAUCACCAGUCAACGAGAGACCGCUCUCGUUUGGGACUGGGAGACCGGUGAGCCUCUACACAAUGCCAUCACUUGGACCGAUACCCGCACGGUGAACCUGGUCCGCGAACUCAAGGAAAAGCCCGGCGCCGAAGAUCUCGUCAACAUCUGUGGCCUGCCCCUCUCCACAUACCCCUCCUCAGUUACGUUGCGUUGGAUGCUGGACAACCUCCCCGACGUCCGAUCGGCGUAUGAUGAUGGCCGGGCCGCCUUUGGUACCGUGGAUUCCUGGCUCAUCUACAACCUAAACGGUGGCCCCCAGAACAAGCGUCUGGUCACCGACGUCACCAACGCCUCACGCACCAUGUUCAUGAACCUCGAGACCCUGCAGUACGACGACCGACUCCUCAAUUUCUUCGAUAUCGACCGUAACAAGAUUCGUCUUCCCGAGAUUCUCCCCUCGGCCGACCGCGAGGGCUUCGGUGAGAUCUACGAGGGUCCCCUGGAGGGCACCCCCAUCACCAGCUGUCUGGGUGACCAGGCCGCGGCACUAGUCGGCCACUGUGCCUUUACCCCCGGCUCCGCUAAGAACACCUACGGUACCGGAUGUUUUCUUCUUUACAAUGUGGGUGAAAAGCCCGUCAUUUCCAAGCACGGUUUGCUCGGCACCGUCGGAUUCCAGCUGGGCCGAGAUCGCAAACCCGUGUACGCCCUGGAGGGCAGCGUGGCCGUGGCUGGCAGUGGUGUUUCCUUCCUUAUGAACAACAUGGGCUUCUUCCGCGACUCGCGAAAGGUCAGUGAUCUGGCUGCGACUGUGCCGGACAGUGGAGGCUGUGUCUUUGUGACUGCCUUCAGUGGUCUCUUUGCGCCGUACUGGAUUGAUGAUGCCCAGGGAACUAUUUGGGGUAUCACUCACCACACGCAACGGGGGCACAUUGCCCGCGCGACAAUGGAGGCAGCUUGCUUCCAGACAAAAGCCAUCUUGGAUGCCAUGGAGAUGGACAGUGGCAAGAAGUUGACGGAAUUGGCCGUGGAUGGCGGCAUGAGUAAUUCCGACAUUUGCAUGCAGACCCAAGCAGACAUUAUUCAAAUCCCCGUCGAACGCCCCGCCAUGCACGAGACUACUGCCCUCGGCGCCGCAAUUGCUGCCGCCUUCGCCAUCGGAGUGUGGAAGGACUUCUCCGAUCUCAAGCACAUGAACCGCGCCAACCGUGCUAUGUUCGAACCUCAGAUUACGCCCAAGGAGAGUGCCCGCAUGUACAAACGGUGGUCCAAGGCCGUCGAGAUGUCCCGGGGUUGGAUGGCGGACCAGGCCGAGUUGGACGACGACGUUGAAUAA